ACUUUUCCAAAACCAUCGACGCUACCUUGAAUCGCAAAAGACGACUCGGUUUCUCACUCAUCACUCCUCUCUCCAUCUUGUCUAAUUUCAAAUUGAGACCAAAGCUUGGUAGAGAGAGAAAAUGGCAGACAAGCCGAGUAGAGCGUUGGUGUUAUACGGUGAUGGGUUGGCGCAAUUCGUCAAUCCAUCACAUACCCAUCUCCAUUCCCUCGCGUCCCGUGGCUUAUGUGGCUUCUUGUCCCUCCCCAAUUCCCCUCCUUCAGAUUUCAGAAAGCGAAGAAGGAAGAAUAGUUAGAGAGUUUGCACAGCUACUGGAUGUGUGUGAAGCUAGUCCCAAUAUGAGUGGGGAAGAUACUGCUAAAAUAGAAUGUCAAGAGAAGUAUUUAACAAGAACUAUAUCAGAGAGGUUUAUGGGAAUGAGAGCUGCUAUAAUUACAAGCAAUUCCAGCAUGAAAUCUUUUGGAGGCAAACUUGGCUUCACGAUGUUGCAAUUGAAUGAAUUAUUCAACAACAAUGAUCCCCUUGCUGAACCUCCGGCUGAUGUUGUGGCCUCUGAGUUACUGAAGCUUCUUGGGUUUCAAGAAAGGAGGACUUUGGAAACAAGCCAGUUCGAUUUAGUUUUUGUCCACAUUGGAGCUGGGGAAAAUACAAGUGGUCAGAAAAACACGGAAUAUGUCAAUGGUUUGGUUGGUGGGAUAAUGCACAUAGCCCAGACUGCUGCUGAAAUCGGUUCACGUUUACACAUGUCUGUUGUGAUGAGCUAUGGGGCUGUCUCAGAUGAUGAUAAUCAUAGUUUAUCAGUUUUGAUCACUAAAGACGAGAAUAACUCUGAUAUUUCCUUGCUUUUCCCUCGACAAAGUUACACCAUGAAAGGUGGGAAUCAACGGAAGAACAUUAGGAACCAUUGCCCAAUGUUGAUUGCUCAGUGGCAGAGUUCUGUUACCCGUACGGAUAUGGCGGAGACUUUUUGUUUUAAAGAUUUUAAAGAGCACGGUGGAAACCUCACAAUACCCGCGGACAGGUUCCUGCAUGAAGUUGCAUUUAAGCUUUGGAAGGCCCCCAAGUAUGGAGCAUGAGGUGAAUUUAGUCAAAAGCUCUGUUGCAUCAAAUGAAACACAUUACUCUCGCUUUAUUUAAUGAACCGAAGAUACAAGCAGUAAUAAUGGAGCCACCCUGAUACUCAAACACACUGUUUUGCAAUCUUUUUCUUGAUGUUUGUCUUCUUAUAGCAUUUGUUAUAACGAGAAUGCUCGUGUUCUUGAUCACGGCAUUUGCACUUAACUAACCUGUUUCAAAUACUGAAGGGAAUUAGUUAAUGUUGGCUUUCUUUCGGAUUUUGUAUUACUCCUAUUUCCAUCUUGUCGUGUAAUAAUUAUAUUUUGUUUUCCUGUGUUCUA